AUGCAACUCUCCGUUCUCCUAAUUCUCCUCACCGCUGGAGUAGCGUCUGCGAAAUUUUGCAUUGGUGCAUCCAUCGUAUGCGUCUGUCACGCGGCCGCCCUGCAUCCGAACACAAGCGUGAAACUCUGGAACGACCUCUGUAUAACAGCCCGUGCGUAUCUUGCGGCCGAACGUGUUGGUCACAACGUCAGCAGUGUCACCGAUUGCGCUAUCGUUACACGCUGGUUCUUCCGGUCAAUUCUCCGAGUAAAAAACAUCGAAGUGUUGGACUAG